AUGGUCUACGUUGGCAAUGCAAGAAAAAAGGAAUAUCUUGUUUCAAUUAUAGUGUUUUCUAUCCUUCAGUUUCUUUAUGUUCUUUGUAUUGGCACAUUGUGGCAAAAAGGAUACUGGAGAUUUCAAAAAAAAUCAGAAUACGGCUUUGAUAUUAGUGCAGAAUCAAGAAUGAGUUAUGAACCCAAGCCGAAAGAAUAUAUUUAUGAUGAAGACGAAGAGCUACUGGAUAAGAAGAAUGAUGAGAAACUGCCAGAAAAUUUCUGGGAUAAGAAAGACUUUUCAAUUCGUAAAAAAUGCUUGGCAUAUUGGAAUGUAUUUUGGAAAGCAUUGUGA